AUGGAUGAUGAGCUUGAAUCAGCGGAUCCUGCAAUCGAACAGCUCAUGAAGCAUAUUGACAGCCUCGCGCCGGACAUCUACGCCAUUCACGUCUCUCCUGACGGCAACUUGAUAUCGACAUCCACAGAUCCAAAGACUGACGAGACGCGGCAACAUGAAAUGAGUUUAUGGAUGCGUCUGCCCAAGCACCCAAACAUUGUUCCUUUCAAUAGCAUAGUCGUGGAUGAACUCGAAGGGCGGUUCGUUGGUUUUACAACCGUCUACAUCCCCGGGGGUACCCUGGGAGAGAACAAUACACGCACAUUUAAGCUUAAAUGGCUUCACCGGCUUAUUAACGUUAUUGAUGAGUUGAAUCUGAAUUUCGGCAUUGCUCAUCAGGAUAUCGGGCCGCGGAACCUCCUCAUACAUGAGGCAACAGAUGCCUUGAUGCUUUUUGAUUUCAACUUUUCCGCGCGCAUCGGAAGGACGGGAUAA